AUGGAACGGAAAGAGGUCAUGGACCUCGGCAGCGGCGAGCCCAAGGAGAUCAUGGACCUCAUCAGCGGCAAGCCGAUGGAGACCAUAGGCCUCGGCAGCGGCAAGGUCGAGGACUAUCCCUCCGUGAGGCGGCUCCGCAACCGGCGGCUCCUCCUCUACCUCCGGCUCCAGGGCUUCGACACUGCCUACGAUAGCGUUGUGCGCGAGUCGGGUGUGCAGAUGAGCAAGCUACAUCUGCGGCAGCUGCUGAUCUGGGGCCGGUGGAGCGAAGCCCUCAACUACAUCAGGCGCUUCCUGCCGCCGGCGUCCAAAGACCGUGGCCGCGAGGCCCGUUCCCUCCUCUUCUUCCUCAACAUGCUCUGGGCCCUGGACAACGUCGCCGCGUGCUCCAAGAGCGGCCUCGUGAGCGACUCUGCGCACCGCGACCUCCGCUUCCUGACGUCCCUCUGCAGUCGCAGCGCCAAGCUCCCCUCCAUCCUCCGAUACACGCUCCAGCCGCCGCAGUUCAGGGAGUCUCUGGACUGGAUGCUGGUGAGGGAGAAGGCAUCGUUGAUUGUCGAAGCCUGGGCUCUUGACACUCCGGAAUUGAGGCGCAACUUACAAUUGCCUGCCGGCCCAGGUCUCCCGCGGGACGUGCUUCCCAUCGGUCCCAGUCGUCCAAGGCGCCACCGGAGGGAACGAUACCGGCGGGCAAAAGCAUCUACAAUUGCCAAGUCCUAUCUCAACAGGAAGAGGAGCCUGCUGUCUUCAAGUCCACCUCCUGGAUUGCUUGAUGAUGCACUCAACUGGAUGGCUGAUCUUAUUGAGGGAUGUUUAAAAGCUGGUAAAAUUCCGGAGCUCCAUCAAGAGCUGCCACUUCAGUCAAAUGGAAAUGAAGGUGCUUCUGGUUCUCCACUUUUGCAGACCAUGUUUAGUACCGUGACAAAUCCUUCUAAAAACCCUGGGAUCUCAUCAGUGACAAAUGCAGGUGUUCCAAGUUGCACAGGUAGGCCUAAAUGUACUUGGUGCUCAUCAGUUGCAUUUUCAGGUGGUGCAAUCUCACAGCCUUUUAGAACACCUUGGAUCACAUCUGCCUCAAAUGCAGGCCCAAUCAAGCAUUCUGUUGGAAGGAAAAGGAAUUCAGGAGAAGUUUUGGUCACUGCCGAGGAAGAUAAUCCUGAUAGGAAAAGGCAACUGACUGAACUGGAGUUGGUGACUGAAGUGGAAGCUGGAUCUUGCAGCGCCAACUUGAUGGCUAACUGA